AUGAGAGAAUUAACGACAGUGGAUGAAGAUGGCUAUCUUGUUUGUAGCAGAAGAGAUAAUGGUGCAACCGUUGUUAAAGGUGGUAUAACACUUGACAAUAGAUUUGUGGUACCGCAUAAUCCAGAGUUGUUGUGUAAGUAUCGUGCACAUAGAAAUGUUGAAUGGUGCAACCAGUCGAGAUCGAUUAAAUAUAUGUUCAAGUAUAUCAAUAAGGGAUAUGAUAGAGUAACGACUGCAUCAUAUCAAAAUCGUCAAAACUCUGAUGAUCCUAUGGAAAUUGAUGAAAUCCAAAUGUAUUAUGAUUGUCGGUACAUAGCCCCAUGUGAAGCCAUGUGGAGGAUAUUUGGGUUCAUUAUCUAUUAUAGAAUCCAUGCUAUUGAGAGGCUAGGCUUUCAUUUACCUGACGAGCAAAGCGUGCUGUACACUGAUGAUGCUGACUUAGAGUCGGUGCUUGAAAGACCUAACAUUGACAGAAUAAUGUUUCUAUCAUGGAUGGAGUGCAAUAAAAAAUAUCCUGAGGCGAGAGAAUUGAGUUAUGUUGAAUUCCUAACAAAAAUUAUAUGGAAAACAAGUCAACGUGAAUGGACACCCUGGAAGAAAGAGUUUUGCAUUAGGAGGAUUUAUCAUGUAAAUCCAGGAGCAGGUGAAAAUUUCUAUUUGAGGACACUAUUGAAUUUUGUUAAGGGCGCAACAUCUUAUGAAGAGCUAAGCCUUGUUAAUGGUGUGCAAUAUUCGACUUUCAAAGAAGCAUGUUAUGCCAGAGGUUUAUUAGACGAUGACAAGGAGUACGUUGACGCCAUAAUAGAAGCCAGUUUUAGAGAAUCGGGACAAUAUCUACGUAAUCUUUUCUGCAUGUUGCUACUAUCAUGCAGUUUGACAAAACCUGAGGCUCUUUGUGAUAAGACUUGA